UGCGUGGCCGAUUGGGUAUAUGGCACACCAACAAGUGUGCCGAUCUCAAAUGAUUGCCGGGCACCUGUUCCACGCUUCUCACUGCAGGCCAGAAAUCCGUCGUAAAAUCAUUUCUUCAAAUCGCCCCUCCAUCAAGUGGUCUCAACAAUUGUGAUAGGAUGCUAAUGCCACGAGGAAACUGAAAUUUGGUCACGAGAGGAUGUGACAUGGAUGUAGGAAUUCCUUGUGAAUUGUGAAAUAAAGGGUAAUUCAAGAGCAAUCGUUUGCGUCUCUAGAGUUUUUGAGGUCAAUUUUCGAUUGCAGGUCAUCUCCCUCUUCCCCGCCUCAGUUUUGGCGGCUAUGGCAGCCAUGGCGGCCUCCGUUUCUUCGGUGGCUUCGAUGUAUUCUCAUCAGAUCUGCAUUUCGCGCGUUGAAGCUCCCGUUGCUGCUGCCUUGUGCUCGCUGCGCUUCCGCCAGGAACAGCUCCUGCCUUUGACGAGCUUUGGUGGGAACCAAGUGCAGCGUUCUUGCACUAGUUGGCGGCAGGUGGAGUGCUCAUAUUCCGCGUACAGCAGUGACCCCGACUACAGCUCCUCCCCAAUCGACGUGGAUGCCGAAGUCAAGUCCAUGAAGAUCCUGGUGCUGGGUGGUAAUGGCUUCGUUGGUUCAGCGGUCUGCAAGCAGGCUGUCGCGCAAGGGAUCUCUGUUGUAAGCCUUAGCAGAUCUGGACGCCCAGCCAUUUUGGAACCAUGGGUUGACCAAGUUACGUGGGUAUCAGGGGAUGUGUUCCUUACCGAGUGGGAUUCUCUCCUCGACGGAGUGCAAGCAGUGAUUUCCACUCUCGGUUUGAUAGGUCCCAAUGAUCAGAUGGAGAAGAUCAAUGCCGACGCCAACAUCAUAGCUGUGAACGCUGCAAAGAAGGCCGGUGUUUCCAAGUUCGUCUACAUAUCGGUGCACGACUACAACUUGCCAGAAUUCGCUCUUAACAAUGGCUACUUUGCAGGGAAGCGCAAAGCUGAAGCCGAGAUUCUCUCAGCAUUCCCCAACACCGGGACCAUUCUACGACCGGGGUUCAUUUACGGAAAGAGAAGAUUCAAUGGUGUAGAAAUUCCUCUAGAUUUAGUCGGGCAGCCGCUGGAGAAGGCUCUGGCAGCCACAGCAGCAUUCACUCGCCCAUUGCAGAAUCUACCUGCAUCCGACCUUUUGUUUGCUUCACCGGUGAGCGUAGAAGACGUAGCUGCGGCAGCAGUGAAGGCUCUGCAAGACGACGAUUGUUUCGGAAUUUUCACAAUAGAACAAAUUAAGGAGAUGGCAAAGGAGAUCAUGGUUUGAUAGAAAACUCUUCUCAAUUGUCUUUUUUUUUUUAUACCGGAAGUGGGCAGCGUAGAUCGUAUAGUGGGGCCUGAAGUGAGUCCGUCUGUGAAUACCAUGUUAUUUUUAAACAGAUCAUCUUCUCUUAAAAUGGUGAGAGUCACUGGAGUAUAGAAUCUUGUGUGUGAUUUGAUCAAGAAAUUACAACCUUAGUGAAAAAGAUCGACAGUUUGCGCCUAAAUAUGCAAACUACAAUAGUGGACAUAUUCUGCCGUCAAAUGAGAAUCCUAUGUAUCACGAUAUUUUGAGCAGAUUGGUACUUCAUUUUUGCCAAAUCGACUUAGCAUCAUA